UUUCGAGUUGCGCGUUUCGUGCGGCGAUGGCGGCGCACCUGAAGAAGCGGGUGUACGAGGAGUUCACCAAAGUGGUGCAGCAACAGCCACAUGAAGAAAUUCCAGCCAAGAAACUCCGACUGGCAAAGCCCAGCAAAUCAGCAGCCCUCCACAUUGACCUGUGCAAAUCCACAAGCCCCACUGAAGCGCUGCAGUAUCUGCUGCAGUUUGCAAAGAAGCCCGUGGAGGCAGAGAGUGUGGAGGGAGUUGUGCGCAUCCUCCUCGACCACUACUAUAAGGAGAGUGAGAGCUCUGUCAGACUGAAGAUUGCUUCCUUGAUUGGGUUACUGUCGAAAACUUCGGGCUUUGUACCUGACUGCAUUGUGGAUGAUGUCAUCGUCGCCCUGAACAAUGAAAAAUCUCACCACGUCCUUGCCCAGUUAUUGGACACCACCUUGGUGAUUGGCAUUCAGCUGCAAGACAACCUGCCUCUCAGCUUCCGUUUGGUUGAGAUUGGAUGUAAGCACCUGGUGGACACAUCCCAUGUAGUACGGAACAAAUGCUUGCAGCUGAUUGGUUGCUUGGGGUCCCUUGAGAGACUGGGGACGAAGGAGCUGGAGAGCGUGGCGGCCAAAGACGUGCAGAAGAUCAUCAGCGACUCCUUCACUGACCAGGAUCCAAGAGUCCGAACAGCAGCAAUGAAAGCCAUGUUACAACUCCAUGAACGCGGAAUGAAGCUGCAGCAGACCAUCUACUGUCAGGCUUGCAAGGCGCUAUCCGAUGACUAUGAACAGGUCCGCUCCGUGGCCGUACAGCUUGUGUGGGUCCUCAGUCAACUUUACGCCGAUAGUAUUGUCCCCAUUCCAUCAUCCAAUGAGGAGAUCCGCUUGGUCGACGAUGCUUUUGGGAAGAUAUGUCACAUGGUGAAUGAUGGAUCCUGGCUCGUGAGAAUCCAAGCAGCCAAACUGCUGGGAUCCAUGCACCAAGUCAGUGUGCAAUUUCUGGAGCAAACCCUCGAUAAGAAACUGAUGUCCGAUCUGAAGAGAAAGCGCAGUGCCCACGAGCGGGCCAAGGAAUUGUACACGUCAGGCGAGUUUUCUAGUGGGCGGAAGUGGGGUGACGACGCACCCAAGGAGGCAGUGGACACCUACACGGUCAACCUGAUCAAUUCGGGGGCUUGCGGUGCCUUCGUUCACGGGCUAGAGGAUGAGAUGUACGAGGUCCGUAAUGCAGCAGUAGAAUCCCUCUGCAUGCUGGCUCAGGCCUCUGCGUCCUUUGCCGAAAAGUGCCUGGAUUUUUUGGUGGACAUGUUCAACGAUGAGAUCGAGGAGGUGAGGCUGGGCUCGAUUCACGCUCUGCGGAAAAUCUCCUGCCACAUCCGACUGCGUGAGGACCAGCUGGACACUGUGCUGGCUGUGCUGGAGGACUCUUCCCGUGACAUCCGCGAAGCUUUACACGAGCUGCUGUGCUACACAAACGUGUCCACGAAGGAUGGGAUUCACCUGGCUCUGGUCGAACUACUGAAAAAUCUGGCCAAGUAUCCAACCGAUCGGAAUUCUAUCUGGAAAUGCCUCAAGUACCUGGGGAGCAGGCAUCCCACCCUGGUAUUGCCUCUGGUUCCUGAACUGCUGAGCACACACCCUUACUUUGACACUCCUGAGCCAGACAUGGAUGACCCAGCUUACAUUGCAGUGCUAGUUUUGGUGUUCAACGCUGCCAAGACCUGCCCCACUAUGUCCGCACUCUUCUCAGACCACACAUUUCGACAUUACGCCUACCUGCGUGACAGCCUGUCAGAUCUGGUGCCACCGUUACAGCUGCCGGGCAGGAAGAUGGUGUCAGUCUCAGAUUCUUCCAACCAUGCAUUGAACGAGGACUCAUCCCGGCAUUUUGUACAGCAAAGCCUUGACCGGGCUCAGACUAUCCAACAUCUGGACACUCAAGGAGCUCAGGACCUCCUGAAGCUAACAAUUCGUGACCUGCAGAGACUAGGAGAGCUGCAGCCAGAGUUGGCAGGGAUAGCAGAGUUUUCAGCCACAUACUUGCAGUGCCAGCUCCUCCUCAUGAAGUCUCUUCAGGAGAAGCUGUGGAACGUGGCUGCUCCACUGUACCUCAAACAGAAUGUCAUGGCAGCUUCUGCAGCCAACCAGAUCAUGGAGCACACAUACAAGCUGGAGUUCCUGUACAGCGGCCUGGAGAGCAGACACGUGGCCAUCAUCCACCACAUGAGGCUUCAGGCCAAGGCGCUGCAGCUCAUACUGACGGCUCGCACCACCCGAGGGAUGGAAACGCUGAUAAACAUGUGCGAGAAGUUUCUGCAGGAGCUCGAGAUGUUCCCCAGGUACUUUGCGGCAGAGCUACAGCACUUGCAGGAGAGCUUUGUGGAGAAGCUGCUGGACGUUAUGCCCAGGCUUGUGGCCUGCAAGCCCAUGGAGAUGGUGAAAAUUCUGCAGACCACUCUGCGGCACAGUAACUUUGUCCUGUUGAAGCUACCAGAGCAGGUGCAUAAGGCUUCAGCGACCAUUAUCGAGCCUACCGGAGAGUCCGACAACCCUCUGCGGUUCACGUCUGGCCUGGUGGUUGCCUUAGAUGUCGACGCCACGUUAGAACAUGUGCAGGAUCCUCAGUCAACUAUUAAAGUGCAGGUCACGUAUCCAGACGGCCAAGCCCACAUAAUCCAUCCCAAACCGGCGGAUUUUCGAAAUCCUGGGCCUGGAAGACACAGGUUGAUUACCCAAGUCUAUCUUUCCCACACAGCCUGGACAGAGCCCUGCCAGGUCGAGGUGCGGUUAUUGCUGGCCUACAGUUCCAGUAAGAGUCGGACGUCCAGCCUGAGUGGCCUCACCAGACCGGCCUGGAGCGACAGUGUGGACGGUUUGCCGCAGGCACCUAACGUCAUCGAGGGCACCAUUAACCUCAGCAAGCAGGUCAAAGUCUACCUGAUGCCCAAACCAGCCAGGCGAUGAGGGCUAACAUCACUGCUGCCAGAGGACUCGUCUGAUCCGGAGAAAGAACUCACAACACAGGCUGUUCCUUGAGCACAAACCGUACAGCAGGAGCAGCUUAGGUUAGUCACCCACCUGAGAACUCUGAGGAGUGCAGACUUUGUAAAGUCUGAGGGUCAAGAACACUGCAAAAUCCUUUGUCUCACCAUACAAGGGAAUGUUGUGCUAAGUUCUAACACAGCAUUUAAACCUUCUAAGCUCCACGUCAUUGCUGUUAAAUCAGGCACUGAGCAGCAGUGAGAAACUCUGAACUUUUGGAAUAAUUAACUUUAUUUUCCUAUUGAAAAUUUGAUAAAAACAUUUUCAAGACUCUGUGUGUUGCUCCCUUGUACCACCAAGUGGCAGAGAGCUUGACUUUUCCCAAAGGUUUGAUUCUGAGCUCGCUGUACUCCUACCACGUCUCUGUGACCUUUGCUGUUGCAUGUCGGGUAGGGAGGUUCUCGGCUGAGAAUUCACCCAGUUAUUUCCCUGAGGACAGCGAGCUGGGGGGAAGGGGGGGUCACCAGAUGCUGCUGGAACUGGGCCAGUGACGGGUUGUGGGUGGGGAACAGGAGACUGAGCAGGGAUUUCUACAGCGGGUUUCUCUGCUGCCAGAAGGAUGUUGAGCUGUCUGUAGACCCCACCUGGUGCACAGUGAGAGUGGUUGCAGCUCAGGUUCCUUGUGGGAUGUCAUCCUGGUGUAGGUCAAUGACUUAAAUUUUAAUUGCAGCUUUAAUUAGGG